CGAGGGAUUUUUUGGGGUCACCGAUAGUUGUCGCAAUGGCGGAAGAGGGUGUGAAGAAAGUGAAGCUGAGCAAAAUGAAACUUUAUUACCAUCCUUACUACCGCUCCACGAGAUGCGUCUGGUUGAUUAAAGAGCUAGGUGUGGAUGAUGAGUUUGAGUUGAUCAAGAUCGACACGAUGAAACGUGAGAGCGCCGAACGCAAGGAGUACCAGAAGAACGUGCACCCCCACGGGACCGUCCCCGCCCUGGUGAUUGAGGGGGAGACUACCCUGCUCGAGUCCGGAGCUAUCUGCCUCUACCUGGCGGACAAAUACGGGCGUCUGGCCCCGGAUCUAAAAGACCGGAAAGACUAUUACGACUGGAUCUUGCACUCCUGUGCCACUAUGGACGAAAUGAUGGAGGUGUUUUACAACCAGUGGAUUAUUACACCCGAGAAACCGGACGAGGAACUCGUGCAAAAAACUAUUAAGAAAUUCCUCCAGUGUAUGGAUGCACUCAACAAAACUCUCAAAGGACGGAAGUUUGUUUGUGGUGACAGUCUGACGGCGGCGGAUUGCGUUCUGGGUUACUCCAUCUGGGGUGCGGCCACCAUGAAGGACGGACUACUCGUCAAAGACUACCCGGAAGUGCAGCAAUACUACGACCGGUUGAAAUCUAGGAAGGCGUUCCAGGAAGCUAUUGCCGAGACACCCAAGUAGAAAAUCUCACAAACCAAGGACAGAUACAGGGUUUUGUUUUUUGGGGGGAAGGGGGUGCAACCUUUCAGAAAGUGUGCCUACAGAAUUCAAAAGUAUAUUAACAAGCAUUAUAAUAUGGCUCUUUUCCCUGAUGUACUGUGCAGAACCGGUUUAGGGAUCCGCGGGGCCUGUAACACAAAUAACAGCAGGAUCCCUCUUCCCAGGAUAUAUAUUUUGCAACCCCCUUGGGGAGAGGGGAAAAAUUACCUUGGAAAAAUAAAUGUAUACAUCACCGCGGGCCCCCUGAAGCGCGCGUACCGUAGCACGUGCUACAUGUGCUACUAGAAUAAACCGGCUCUAGUAGUACCAUGCAAAAAGGGAAUCCACAGUAGAGACUAUUCAAAAUACUUUAACAAGUUUUAUAAUAUGGCAAUUUUCCCGUGAAACGCCAAGCGUACCAAAACACAUUACCAGUCCACCACUAACAAAACAUUUAUUGUAUUCCUCCGAUAACUAUUUUCCAGGGCACAUCAUUAUUCCCAUCACCUUCCUCUGGAUCCGCGCCUGGAGUCUGUUUAUGUUAACCUCACUGCCAACAUUGAACUCAUUUUGUUUCAUUAAUAAAAUAUUUUUGAUAAAA